CCCGUUUUGGCGCAGCCGCCCGGCAGGGCCCUUGCCGCGGUCCGUAGCGCGGCCGCGCAGGCGCAGUAGGCUCGGCGAGCCCGGUCGCCAUGGAACCGGACGGGACCUACGAGCCAGGCUUCGUGGGUAUUCGGUUCUGCCAGGAAUGUAAUAACAUGCUGUACCCCAAGGAGGACAAGGAGAACCGCAUCCUGCUCUACGCGUGCCGGAAUUGCGAUUACCAGCAGGAAGCCGACAACAGCUGCAUCUACGUCAAUAAAAUCACGCACGAAGUGGACGAGCUGACUCAGAUCAUCGCCGACGUGUCCCAGGACCCUACGUUGCCGCGGACCGAGGACCACCCGUGUCAGAAGUGUGGCCACAAGGAGGCAGUUUUCUUCCAGUCACACAGUGCCCGCGCUGAGGACGCCAUGCGCCUGUACUAUGUAUGCACUGCCCCCCACUGCGGCCACCGCUGGACUGAGUGACCUCUCCUUCCCCCACCUGUAAUAAAUGCCAGUUUCUAUA